AUGAACAACAAGAUGAACAGCAAGAUGAACAGUAGGAUGAACAGGAAGAUGAACAGUAAGAUGAACAGCAAGAUGAACAACAAGAUGAACAGUAGGAUGAACAGCAAGAUGAACCACAAGACGAACAGCAAGAUGAACAACAAGAUGAACAGCAAGAUGAACCGCAAGAUGACCAACAGGAUGAACAGUAGGAUGAACAGCAAGAUGAACAGUAGGACGAACAACAAGAUGAACAACAAGAUGAACAGUAGGAUGAACAGCAAGAUGAACAACAAGAUGGACAACAAGAUGAGCAGUAGGGUUAACAACAAGAUGGACAGUAGGAUGAACAGCAAGAUGAACAAAAAUAUGAACAGUAGGAUGAACAACAAGAUGGACAGUAAGAUGAACAGCAAGAUGAACCACAAGAUGAACAGUGGGAUGAAGAGCAAGAUGAACAACAAGUUGAACAACAAGAUGAACAGUAGGAUGAACACCAAGAUGAACAGCAAGAUGACCAACAGGAUGAACAGUAGGAUGAACAGCAAGAUGAACAGCAAGAUGAACAACAAGAUGGACAACAAGAUGAGCAGUAGCGUGAACAACAAGAUGAACAACAAGAUGAACAGUAGGAUGAACAGCCAGAUGAACAACAAGAUGGACAGUUGGAUGAACAACAAGAUGAACAAAAAUAUGAACAAUAGGAUGAACAAGAUGGACAGUAGGAUGAACAGCAAGAUGAACAACAAGAUGACCAACAGGAUGAACAGCAAGAUGAACAUCUAUAUGAACAGAAGGAUGAACAGCAAGAUGAAUAACAAGAUGGACAGUAGGAUGAACAGCAAGAUGAACAAAAAUAUGAACAAUAGGAUGAACAAAAAUAUGAACAAUAGGAUGAACAACAAGAUGAACAACAAGAUGAACAACAAGAUGACCAACAGGAUGAACAGCAAGAUGAGCAUCUAUAUGAACAGAAGGAUGAACAGCAAGAUGAACAACAAUAUGAACAGUAGGAUGAACAGCAAGAUGAACAGCAAGAUGAACAACAAGAUGAACAGUAGGAUGAACAGCAAGAUGAACAGCAAGAUGAACAGCAAGAUGAACAGCAAGAUGAACAACAAGAUGAACAGUAGGAUGAACAGCAAGAUGAACCACAAGACGAACAGCAAGAUGAACAACAAGAUGAACAGCAAGAUGAACCGCAAGAUGACCAACAGGAUGAACAGUAGGAUGAACAGCAAGAUGAACAGUAGGACGAACAACAAGAUGAACAACAAGAUGAACAGUAGGAUGAACAGCAAGAUGAACAACAAGAUGGACAACAAGAUGAGCAGUAGGGUUAACAACAAGAUGAACAGUAGGAUGAACAGCAAGAUGAACAAAAAGAUGAACAGUAGGACGAACCACAAGAUGAACAACAAGAUGAACAGUAGGAUGAACAGCGAGAUGAACAACAAGAUGGACAACAAGAUGAGCAGUAGGGUGAACAACAAGAUGGACAGUAGGAUGAACAGCAAGAUGAACAAAAAUAUGAACAGUAGGAUGAACAACAAGAUGGACAGUAAGAUGAACAGCAAGAUGAACCACAAGAUGAACAGUGGGAUGAAGAGCAAGAUGAACAACAAGUUGAACAACAAGAUGAACAGCAAGAUGACCAACAGGAUGAACAGUAGGAUGAACAGCAAGAUGAACAGCAAGAUGAACAACAAGAUGGACAACAAGAUGAGCAGUAGGGUGAACAACAAGAUGAACAACAAGAUGAACAGUAGGAUGAACAGCCAGAUGAACAAGAAGAUGGACAGUUGGAUGAACAACAAGAUGAACAAAAAUAUGAACAAUAGGAUGAACAAGAUGGACAGUAGGAUGAACAGCAAGAUGAACAACAAGAUGACCAACAGGAUGAACAGCAAGAUGAACAUCUAUAUGAACAGAAGGAUGAACAGCAAGAUGAAUAACAAGAUGGACAGUAGGAUGAACAGCAAGAUGAACAAAAAUAUGAACAGUAGGAUGAACAAAAAUAUGAACAAUAGGAUGAACAACAAGAUGAACAACAAGAUGAACAACAAGAUGACCAACAGGAUGAACAGCAAGAUGAGCAUCUAUAUGAACAGAAGGAUGAACAGCAAGAUGAACAACAAUAUGAACAGUAGGAUGAACAGCAAGAUGAACAGCAAGAUGAACAACAAGAUGAACAGUAGGAUGAACAGCAAGAUGAACAGCAAGAUGAACAGCAAGAUGAACAGCAAGAUGAACAACAAGAUGAACAGUAGGAUGAACAGCAAGAUGAACAACAAGAUGAACAGUAGGAUGAACAGCAAGAUGAACAACAAGAUGAACAGUAGGAUGAACAGCAAGAUGAACAUCUAUAUGAACAGAAGGAUGAACAGCAAGAUGAACAACAAUAUGAACAGUAGGAUGAACAGCAAGAUGAACAACAAUAUGAACAAUAGGAUGAACAGCAAGAUGAACAACAAGAUGAACAGUAGGACGAACAGCAAUAUGAACAACUUUAUGAACAGUUGGUUGAACAAGAAUAUUAACAAGAAGAUGAACAAUAUCGUCCGCUUUUUUCCUCAGUAA